CCGCGUUAAAGCACUGAAGAGUUGCUAGAGAAAGGUGGGGGGAAACCGAAUCCCAGAAAAGGCACCUGCCUCACCCAGCGCGGCGCAGAGAGGAGCCAACACUCACCCGUCGUGAGGCCACCCUUGGCCUUCAUAAUCAUCUCCUGUGCUUUUCAGAGCUAAAUUUAAACCCUGGGUUUGCGCAGUGGCUGUCUGUAAUUCACUGCCGCUUUGUUUCCUGCCUCGCUGCCGUGCAGAGGUUUCGCUCUUAGCGCAAAAACUGAAGGGGAAAUUCCCUACCCCAAAGUUUGCUGCUGCUAAACUUUUUUCAGCUGCAACUCGCCGAGCCCGAUGUCGUGCCGUGGCCGCCCAGCUGGGGAAAGGAGGGCCCCCCACCAAAGCACGAUGGAGAUGGAAGAAAUAUUCCUCCAGCUCUGUGAGGAGGUCGCCAGGCUGCGGGAUCUGUGCACAAAGCAGGGCAAGCUCCUCCAGAAGCUGACUGCCAGGAAGGGACCCGUCCUUGAUAUCCCCGUGUCGCUGCCAAUCCAGUGCACGGAGGAUAUGGUCACGGAGGAAGGGGAAAGACCACCGGACAGCCACCAGAAAUGCUCAGAGGCACCGGCAUCCGCCGCUUCCGACCCAGAGGGCUCUGCUCAUCCCCUGGCGCAGCCGCAUGCUGCCGGGACGCUGCCUGGCUUCAACGGCAAGUACCCACCAAGCACCGCGAAUGGCAGCGUCUUCGGCGGUGGAACUGGAGGAGCGGCUCUUGCUGUAGCUUUUGGCAGCAGCAAGGCAGAGAGGAGCGAGAAGGUGGAUGUAGAUACGUGGCUGAAAACCUGUAGGAUGCUUCCUAUGUUGAAAGGCCCCAAGGAAGAAGUGAGAGCUUGCUGCAGCCCGCAGGAUUUGGUGGCACCAAAUCCAGUUGUCGUGGACUCCUUCCUGACUCUUUUGGAUCUCUACGAAGCCCCAGAAGCCCUUCGGAGAGAAGAUGCUCCCAGCGAAAGUGCUCUGCCUGCUGAGGCUAAAGUCCCGGUAGAGAUCCGAGGACCCGUGAAGACAUCCUGGACGCCGGGCUGGAUGCUGGAGGACGGUACGCUUGGGCAAGGAGCCAUCCUCACCUGUGAGGGUGCUCAGGCUUGUGACAUUUGCCAGGAGAUUUUCCCCUCGGACGCAGUGGGCCAAGCGGACUAUUUAAAGCACGUCUUAGCCCACAUGAAGUAGGACUUGUCUUCGUGAUCGGAAAUUCGAAUAUUUGUACCUCGACCAACGCGACAGGCUCUGGACCUUCAUGAGAUCCUGCCGUCGGCUUUUACCGGGGCCAGCUAAGGCAGCAGUCCUCUUCUGUGUAAUCCAAGGUGCUCCCAAACUCAGUCCCUGAUGCACUGUUUGAUGGGCCGGUUGAGGGCUCUGGGUGUGUUUUGGCUUGUUGAGCUUUGUGGAUAUCAAAGCCGCUUCUGUCCUGGGGUCCGGACAUGUGUAGGGCUGGGCACGGGAGCUGUCACUCAAGUUGGAAUGGAAAUUUUUCAAAAUUCACCUUUAACUGGGUGGAAAUGAAUUUUCCAUAAAUAGUUAGGGAUGUUUGAAAAGUCACAUUGGCUUUUUCCAAGAACAUGGAAGGUUGGGUGGGAGAAUCGUAAAGUUUUCACGGUCACUAAACCUGAACUGGCCUUUUGAGAGAGGCUCAGUAGCACGAUGGCAUGGACCGGAUCGCACCUUCCAAGUGUGUUACUGAGAAGGGCAUAAGCGAGAGCUCUUCUCACUCCUGAAAACCUCAUCAGCUCCAGCUCAGUGAUUUACAGGAGUUUAACUGAUCCCUCUCCAGGUGGGAAGAGGCUUAUCAGCACCUGUCGGCAUGGAGUCGGCUCUCCCGGCUCGCGUCCCGCUGUGUUUAGAGAGCAGUGGGGCAGAAAGGGGCUCCUCCAGCACACGGAUGUGAUCGACACGUGUGUUAUUGUCCCGUCUUUCUAUUUAGCCUCUCGGGGAAAGCGUCUUUUGAACGAAAAGCUCUGGGAGGUGGUGGGCGGCUGUGACUGGGGGAUGCAGAGGAUGCAGCUUCUGGUCCUGCGGCUGGUUCUUUGCCAGAGCCUGGGUGAACCUCGCUGGGCUGUGGUUUGCCCUCGAGCAAAGUUUUGAUCUUGCCCUGAAUAAUAGGAGCAAGGAAUUGAAUGUGAGGGUGUCAUCCGUGUGACCAGGAUUAUUAUAUUUGUUCAUUGACAGCACCUCCAGUUUGAGUGUUAUAUAGCACUCUCAUUCAGUGGCUAUCCAUGUGUUUUGCAAAGGAAUUCACCCUCACGGGUGGGGAAACUGAGGCAUGAAGCACUGAUUAGCUUUUUUUUUUUUUUUCUUUUUUUUGGCCUCAUCUCAGGCCUUUGUGUUUUGCAAGUUGCUUCUGAAGUGGAAUUGGCAUCCCGUGUUUGAGGCAACUUGCAUUGAAAUCGAUAGCCAGAUUCUCCUCUACUAAUUACAAUCUCCAGCUCCAACAUCUCAUCUUUAGCUAUGCAGAUAAUAGUCACGAGUAGAGUCUCUCCCCAGAAAUGGAGCCGCAUUUAUAAAUUUGCUGUGACCGCGGUGGAGCUGAUGACAAACAUCUGUGUGUCCCGAGGAUCUUGUCCUUUCAGACAAGAUGUGGAUGGGGCAGGGCGCUGGGCUGACAGCACCGUGGUCCCUGGCUAACCUGGACUUUGCGGAGGGCAAAGCCGUUUCUCCGAGAACUGUUUUCCAAGACAGAUCCUGCAACUUCUUUCUUUAGAGCCACAGCUUUGAGCUUGGUUUCUCCAUUCGUGUGGAUGUUGGAGCUGCUUUCUGCCCUUGGCAGAAUCAGGACCUUUAUUUCACUGAAGGUCAAAGUGGGUUUUCUCGAUGUCACGGUGCAACUUUCCCGCUAGCACCUCCUGCUCCAAGUUUCCUCCUGUGACUCCUCAAAUUAAUUAGGUGGUGGGAUGAUUUUAUAGUGUUUUGUGCUCUUCUAUAGGGCCUGGAAGAAAAUAUCGUUUCCCAGCAUGCUGAGUUACUGGAAGCGCCAGAUCAGAAAGCAAGCCAGAGCAAGAAAAACCAUAAAUUUAUUUGGUAUAAAAUUGUAACAGCCAUCCAGAAUUUGCCGGAAGGGAGAAGACCAGCCCGGUUCUUCUUGCUUUGAGAGCACGUCCGGUAAAUUUAAUUUAAAAAUCGCAAGCACAGAUGGCUUUUCUCAAGAGUCAGAGCAACUGUGGCGCACCGCUGGUUUCCACGAGUGGCCGUGCCGAGGCAGCUGCGCUGUAUGAGGCACCGUAUUGCCCAAAACAAUGCGAAAAAUCACACCGGGCGUGUUUGGGGUCACCUGUGAUGAAAUUUUGGCCUGAUGCUCCAUCCCUGGUGAUGCGGGAUGGUCGAGCAGCUGAAGUUCAGCAAACUAACUUCACUGCUUGGCCUUUCUCAACUUGCUUCAUUAUAUUUUUAGAUGUCAUGUUGUGCGGUGCAAUUAGUCACCCCCUUCCCAGCCAGAUGGUCCACAGUGACACAGGAGCUUCUAUUUUAUAAUCCAGUACUUUCCACUGGCAUGAACGUGCCUCUGCUUCCUAAAUAACCUUAAGUAUAGGGUGUUUGUCUUAACUGUGGAGAGUGGGUGGCAUGUUACUGUUUUUGCCCAGGUUCGGCUCACCGGUGGGUGUCAUUUCGGAAAAGGCAGGAGCUGGGUGAGGGCAGUUUCCCGUAAGGAGAAAUUGGAAAAUCAAGAACUGGAUUAAACCUGCUUUAAUUCUU